AUGUCAAUGUUUGAUAUCCUCAACAAGUCUCUGACGCCUGAGCUUGGUGCCAGGUUGAAUAGAUCAAGGAAAUUGUACCCAGGCCAGCCCCAGAAAGUUUUCGACCACUUCCUAGAGGCAGGUAGUGUGCCUUCAACAGCGGUUGCCAACAUCAACUUUGCCAGAAAGGUUCUUGAGUACACAGUCGACCAACCGGCUCUCUGCGCUGGCAUACUGGGCCUCCUAAAGUCGCUCGAUAACGAGACAUUGGCGAACUUUCUCUUCCCACGGGCGAGGCUGGAUACGUUGCUUGCCCAGAGACCUGGCAGUUUCCCUAAAGCUUUGACGCGGGAGAAGCUGGACGAUGUACGCUCCAACUUUCUGGAUGACAAGGCGUUGGUGGUCAUGCUUGUCCUUGUUAGGGCAGGCAAGUUUGCAAUCAACGAGAAAGAUCGGGUGACUGCAGACCGUGUCUUGACCACUAUCAUACAAAAGGAUCUUGAGCUAGACCCGACAGUGGUUCUGAAUACGUUGAAGAGCGCAAAGUUUCCUGGUCUAUCAAGCGUCGAGCCCCCCUCACUCCCAACAGAUGAUGAUGUGCGACAUUCUUUGGAUUUCAUCAAGUCUAUCAAGGGGCUCUCGACUAUAGUCAAUGAUGCCGAGGAUGUUCCAAGUCUCUGGAACAGCAAUUAUCGAUCUAUCCGCUGGAUUACGCUGAAGCCUAAGAAUACCUUCACCGAAGAAAUGGUAACUCUAGGCAUGAGUUCCGAGGUUGCACUGAAGAUACAUGAUUCAGCACAACGCAUUGAUUGCUGGAAUGAACAGCUUUGGCUGGCUUUAAUGGAAGCCCGUACCAAAGACUCCAUCCCGUUGCAGCCUAUUCAGGGUCAAGUCACCACCCAAAAGAACACGAGCAACACCAUUCAACACCAAGAGGGACCCACGGCCAAAUCACUCUAUAACCUCACCGACAUAUUUCGGCUAGAGGACGCAGCGUGCGAAGAGUGCUGCUCUGUUACUUCCUUAUCCGCAUACUUUGCGGACCUCAUGCUCCUGCUGAGCACCACCUCUCCCAAGGGUGCGGAACUUCCGCCGCGAGUUGAAGUUGCAGGAAAUGAGGUUCUGAGUUCUCAUCAAAAGAAGCUUAGAUUGCAAUCGAGGGACAGCCUACUCACUCUGCUUUCCAAGCGCCGGCCCGAUCUGAGGAAGCUUGAGUUAACCUGCGCCAACUCCCAAACGCUCAUUCCAUAUAUCCAACUUGUGAAUGAGGUGCUUGAAUCAUUUAUUCGCCACAAGAACACGGCUAGUGCCCUGGAAGACAAAGAUAAGCCACCCUUGAUCAAAGCUUUCAAUACACCGAUCAACACUGGAGACGAGGACGAUGAAUCAUUGGAGCCCGUAUAUCGCCCAGCGAAUAUGGAUUAUGAAGUUUAUUCCGAUUACAUUUCCAAGCAGAUGUUUCCGUUCACGUGCUUCCCCUACAACCAGGCGCGAGAUGUGGUCAAUCAGUAUUGCAGCACCUUUCAGCUUGAACUUUCUGACUUGAGCGAAGCUUUCAGUUUUCGGGAGCUUCUCCUGAAUCUCGUUUCAGCGGAUGAUAUUCAGGGUCUCUCACAGGACCUGCGAGACUGUUUACUUCGGGGUGCAGAAGAGGUACUGCAAAGGCAGUGGGCGGCGGAUAUUCUCGGCAUACAGAAGGUCGAGUUUGCAGCUAUCAGUGGCGAAACCUUUUUCCCGGUAUACUUUGCUGAUCAAUUACGAGGGCUCUCUAAUGGAAGCAUCACAAUAGACACAAGAUACCCAGAGGCUGAUAUGUGCAGGCUAUGGGGGUACAAAGACGACGAUACCAUGACUGACGCCACCAACGAGCUAGGCCUGACGUAUAUCAAGCGACAGCUAAUGCAGAGAUCUGGACUUGAGUUCCAGGAUAUUUCGGAUCUAGUCAAGACACAAUUCUUCGGACAGCAAGUCACGAUCACGAAUGCAACGGGUUCACAGACUUUCACGGGCUCCCUGGAGGAGCUGCGACUCGUGGCACAGAUAUACCCGUCCGGACAAGAGGCGGAUGAUCCGAAUGACGAAGACGAAGAAGAGUUCGAGCCUCUCACUGGACCUCUCACCCCAGAGAUAUGCUACAGUCUUCAAGCCUUCUUACGACUGCAAGCUAAAGUGAAGUGGUCGACUCGGGAUCUCGACGCGGCUAUCUUUUGUCUGCGAAACAAGGAGAUCCAGAACUCGUCAACCUUUAAGAUGCCUGCAGCACCGGUAGAAACAGACAUUUCCCCUUACGUGAUCAAAGGUAUCGCCCAUGUUGUCAGAUUAAGCAAACUUUGCGGCAUUGACGCACCGUCGUUGCUACCGUUAUGGGGACCAAUCGAUUCAUUCGGACCAAAGUCUUUGCUUCGCCGCAAGUUCCUCCGCCCAUCACUCAGCGAGCCUUUUGAUGCUUCCACAAAUGGAGGAUACUUUCUUAACGGCACAAAGAGGAUCCAGAUCCAGUCUUGCGGCCCCAGCAUAUGUGCAAGACUUUCGUGGCCUUACGAGCUGUUCGGGGAUUUGCUUCAAGUUACUGAGCUCGCACUGGCUGCACUGGACAUAGAGUCAUUCUCUAAGCUCUAUAGACAUGUCCUCUUGCUUCGUAUACUCAAGAUACCUGCCAAACUGUGCAUUCCUUUCUUCGAUGUGGUAUUGAGCAAGGGCAUGGGGAGUCCUUUCAAUAGUCCAAGAGACGCACUUCUGCUGCUAGAGAAGUGGAAGUUGUUGUUGGAUAAUGGCUGGGACGCGGAAACUCUGAUCAAAACAUUAGGAUCAACGAACGCAGGCGAGGACAAUGCAAGUGCCGGCAACAACUUUGGGUUCCAGCUAGCAUCAGCCAUGGCUGUCGGCUCGAAAGAACUCCAGAAGUCGCUCUCAUCACUGUAUACAACGGGCAUAUCAACCGCUGAGGAUGUUAUUGAAUGCGCGGGGCGUGCAUUUGAUGCGUCUACCGCAACUUCUGUGGUUGACUUUGUUGAAGGAACCCAAGUCAGCACAGGCACUAUAUCCAUUGCCAAGGAAGAUUUUGAGAGGUUGAUCCUGAUAUCCGCUAAGUGGCCUACCAGAUUAUCAAUUGGUCCUACCAGAAUCGAGAGCGGUACCUACCGUGCUGAAUUGAGACUUCUCGGAGUCUUAACCACACUGGAGAAGAAGCAACUGCAAGAAGACGUCAAGGAGCUACCAGCGGUUGCCGAAAAGAUCCUUUCAAUGCUGAAAAAGUCCAUCAAUGCACGAGAAAUCAUCAAAUCAAGGUUCAGAGAUACGCCUCAGGAUAGCAUACUGCUCCAGGACUGGCCUCCGUCCCAGGUCUUAGACAAGGAUCCCACAUCCUCGGAGGGCGAGAAAGCAACUGCACUGCAGCCCGAGACCAAAGUGAAGGCCAGUACUUCGCCAACUCAGGCUCGGCUUGAGGAGCAGAAGCUUAUCGAGGCUGAGGCACAGGUUCGCAAACGCCGAGAUGCCUUUGUGCAGCUUGCCAAGCCUACGAUUAUCCACGAUCUUCUGACGACUCUGAUCACAGAUACCAUCAAAGGGCUAUUUCCGGAGGCGGAUACUGAGAUCAUUCGGCUAUUGCUCACUACCAUUGUAAAAUUUUCUCGCCAAGGUGAAUCAUCAUCGACGACGAACUCGGCCAUGGAAGCUCUGCAGUAUUUGAGUGACGGUGCCAAAGAAGCCGGCUCGACAACUUUAGAUGCAUAUUUCACCCCGAGUGUUGCUUCUAAUUUCACGUUCCGACUUGCAGAGACAGGAGGCCGCAAGCUUCCCGAGCCCCCCAGGCUCGUAGUUGAUGGGAUGUUGAUCAUUUUCAAUUCUGAUACGCGAUCAUGGAGCCCCAUAUACAUGGCGAAGGGUCAGCCGUAUCGCCUGGAGAGCAAUCAUACCGCCUCCGAAUUCCUAUGGUCAACUGCCGAAUCAACCGAAGCCGAGAUAACAGAAGACAUGCUACUUCACCGUACCGUAACGUCGCGAGCGGCCGCUAUCUACGAUGGUAUAAGUCGUGUCGUAGGUAUCUGCCAAAGAUUGAAGCUUGGGACGGACGACCUUACGUACAUGGCUGUGGCACAACUGUCACAGGGGAAAUUUUUAAACGCCAAUCUCAACACCAUCACUCUGCAAGAGCUCGUUGACUUACAAAAGUACGUGAAAUUGAGAGAUCAAAGCAGGGGCGUUCCUGGUAAAUCGCUCGUCGGUCUCUUCUCGUGGUUGUCCGGCACCAAGGAAGCAGACGCCAAGACUAUCGCAGCCCAGAUCACGGAGUGUACCGGAUGGAAAACGACCCUUAUUGAGAGUAUACUGAGCUACAAGUACUCUGGGUACAGCCACACAGAGUUGAUGGACACUUUACGCAACUUUGACGCUAUUUUGGCCUUGCAAUCGAUUGUCGCCUUUGACCAACGGCUGGGAGGCACACCGGAAGCUUCUUCUAAGGCAUUAAUUGAAGAUCUCUUCAUUCUUGGACAGCCACCACGACAAUCCGCGGUCACAGCCGAGUACGUCACCGCAGCACGUGCCAUGCAGACCAGACUGAGUAGCUCACAGCGGGCAACUGCAGACGAAGGACUGAUGGAGAAUCAACGAACAGCGUUGGUGAACUAUCUUCUGCAGCAAGAUUACAUUAAAGACAUGGGAAUCUGGCACGCAGAUGGCUUGUUUGAGCGUUUCCUGAUCGAUGUCCAGAUGGGUCCCCAGCUGCGCACGUCGCGUAUCAAACAAGCCAUCUCGGUCGUGCAGCUGUUCGCCCAGCGGUGCAUCCUCGGCCUCGAAGAGGGUGUUUCCAAGACUGCUUUGCGGCAGGAGAAGUGGGCCUGGAUGCAGCAGUAUACUAUGUGGGAGGCCCAUCGCAAAAUGUUCCUCUAUCCGGAGAAUUGGAUCGACCCAACCCUGAGAGACGACAAGAGUGCGCUGUUCAAUGAUCUGGAGUCCUCACUCAUGCAGAAGAAUCUCAGCGUGAGCACUUUCUUACAAGCUGUUCAAAGUUAUGUUCACGGAUUGAAUGAGAUAUCGAGUCUUGAAAUCGUGUCAUAUCUACACGAGCCGCAGUCAAAGGACGUAGACGUCUUCCACUUCUUCGGGCGUACAAGAAUUGCGCCGCAUGUAUUCUAUUACCGUACCCUGACUAUCUACAGGGGAAGCAAUGACAUCUUUUGGCGAGCGUGGACAAAGAUUGACAUGGACAUCCCGUCUAUCGAGACAGAAUGGGAAGGAAAUCGACUCAGAAAUACGGGCACAUAUCUGCUUCCCAUCGUCAUCGGAGGAAGACUGUACCUCUUCAUGCCCUCAAUCGUUCCAAAGACCAUCGCAAAUGCCCAAGAUGCCGGCGUAACCCUUGGUCCUGGGGCACACGCAGAAGGUCCUGGAGCUCUGUCAGACCGUCCUGAACCUGUGUCCUUGUAUAUCGACCAAGCUCAAGUCGCGGCGCCCAAGCCCAAGCGCAUAUGGGAGAUCACAAUGGGUUGGACAGAGUUCGUAGCCGGCAGCUGGUCUCCAAAGCGCAUGUCUCAAGGGAGUUGUGACGUCGAGAUAACGAAUGCCUCUGCGACUCAGUUCCGAAUGGAUCCCAAAUUCUCCGGAUCCAAAUUGGACAAAUUGAAUAUAAUCAUCAGUUCGGCGCCAGACGUCGAUGGUGCUGCCGCUGGAGCAACUCGCUCAGGUACUUUCGAGUUCUGCCAAGACCAAAUGGUUUUCCGGGAUGAAACGACAGAUGUGGGCACAUCUAAUUCAAAUAAGCUCCCUAUGCUCUUUCAGAAGGUGGUUGGAAGCAACUUCGAGCCUGAUCAGUUGAUCGAAGGGGAAAAGUACGCCAAUGAUCAGGUUCUCCUCUGGGUGCCCAAGGAUUUGGCCUCCAAAACCACAAAAGACAACAUCACUUGGACGCUUUCAAAGUCCACCACGAGAGUAACAGGCUUGGUACUGAGCGCCGAACAGACCGACGGUACGAGCAUUAGCUACUUCAACUUGCCAAGACAGCCACUGGUUCGACCGAACAAUGUGGAAUGGGAUGCGAAGAGCCUGGCAAAUGACAUGGAGCUCAUCCUUCUCGAUCACACAUUUUCGCACGAGCUGAUGGAGGCGACAGCAGAUCGAAUCGAUCCCCUACGAAGUCUAUACAAUUAUCUGGCUCGUCUGCCCGUCCUAAAUCAUAGAGGAAGUUUCGGCGCCGGCAGUGGCGAUGUGUGGUACCACGAGCUGGGUCAUCCAACUGCGCUCUACAAUUGGGAGAUUGGUUUGCACGCCAUACUUCUUGCAGUGGACCGUUUCUUCUCUACGCAGCAGUUCGAGGAGGCGUUGCAGGUGGCCCGACUUGUAUUCGACCCGUCCGCUGACCUCGUAGUGGAGAUUCAGGAUGACGCAGGCCAGCCGCAGAGCGUUACAACUUGCUGGCGUUUCCCUCCAUUUCAAGAUAUGGCUCGAAAGAUGGCAAGAGACGGUGAGGCGAGCAGCGAUCUAUCGCUGCUGAGGAAAGAGGUUGAGCUUGCCGUCAAGGAGCGCCGUUCGUAUGGUUCACUCGUCCACGCGGCUGCGAGGGGGCGGCCAGCGUCGUAUAUGAAGUGGAUUGUGAUGAAAUACGCCGAGAUAUUGAUUGCGAGUGGCGAUAUUCACUUUCGCCGAGGAACACUUGAGAGUUUGCCGUUAGCCAUCCAGCGGUAUACAGAGGCCAGCCAUGUCCUUGGUCCGGAACCACCGAAAGUCCCGGACUUGGCAAAGAGGAAGAGGAAAGCCAUGACUUUUGAGCAGCUCAGAGAGGAGGAUAUUGUCAACGACCUGAUAAAACUCCAACUCCCACCUUUAUUCUCAGCCAUGAUGCAGAAAAAGAAGACUAAGGGCGCCGCGGAGAAAGGGGAGCGGGAUCCGAAGGGAGAGAACAUUGCGUGCUUCCUAAGGACGGGGUAUUUCGGCGUGCCAAUCAAUCCGCGGUUCAAGCAGAUGCGCAACCUCGUCCGCGGCCGUCUGUUUAAUAUCCGAAACUCCCUCGACAUACAGGGACGACCAAUAGUAUAUGCUUUGAGAGAGCCUCCAAUCGACCCCGCCGAGAUGAUGGCCCUUAGCAGCGCGGGAAUCAGUAUGAUGGACGUUAUGAGCGACAGUAGCACUCCUAUUCCCCGGCAACGGUUUGAAUUUCUCUUGGGCAAAGCUCUAGAACUGUGUUCGGAGCUGCGCUCGCUCGGAGACCGCUUGUUGUCUGCGAUCGAGAAAAAGGAGUCCGAGACUUUCGCUGCUCUCAAGGCUCGUCAUACCACCACCAUACAGCAGAUGAUGCUUGAUAUCAAGAAGGUACAGCUCGAGGAAUCCCAGCAGACCGUUGACUCGCUCAUGUUAAACCGGGGCUCCUUAGAGACGCAACUAUCCUACUAUCUCAGGUUGAUUGGCGAGCCUCUAUCUAAGGUCCCUAAACCAACAGAAGAUUGGAGCGAUAUACAGCAAGACAUUGACGACCCUACCGAGGACGACUUGAAGAUGUCUCCACACGAGGAGAGCGAAAUGGACUUGGCAACUGCUUCGACUGUCCUCAAUGUGAUAGCUGCUGGAAUGGAUGGCUUCAUCGCCCCAUUAUGUGCCGUCCCCCAAGUUGAAGGGUUGGCGGCACCUUUCGGUUGUGGAGUGAGUACAUCCUUCGGUGGUUCGCAACUCGCCAGUGCCGUAGCAGCUGGAUCGGCUGCUGUCAAGAUGGCUGCAAUGGUGACGGCGGAUCGGGGAACGAAUGCUGGGCGGAAGGCUCAAUUAACAAGGCAACUGCAAGAGAGACGCCUCCAGGCAAACAUGCGCGGCCGCGAUAUAAAGUCCAUCGACAAGCAGAUCGAGAUCCAGAGGAUACGCGUCAUGGCGGCCCGGAAGGAGAUUGACCUCCAGAAGUCCGAGUUCGAGGACGCUCAGCAGACUGAGGCGUGGUACCGGUCAAAGUACACGAAUGAGAACCUGUAUGCAUGGAUGGAGAAGAGUCUUCGAGGAACCUACUUCCAGGCUUACACACUCGCCAUAGCCAUGGCACAGCGCGCGGAAAGCGCCCUAUCAUUCGAUGAAGGCCGAAAGUUGUCUAUAAUCCGACCAGCUGGCUACUGGGAUGGCUCUCACGAUGGACUACUUGCUGCAGAUUCUCUAUACCUCGACUUGAAGAGACUCGAGACAGCGCAGCUCAACAGCGCAUCCGCGGACUUUGCGAUCAGCAAGACAAUUUCCCUGAGGCAGAUCGACCCCAUGGCACUGAUGAGACUCAGGAUCACGGGCGUUGCUGAUUUCUCCAUUGACGAACUGCUCUACGACGUCGACUUCCCAGGACACUACAUGCGCAGGAUCAAAUCGGUCGCUGUCUCGGUGCCGGCAAUCGUGGGACCGCACACUGGCGUGAACGCCAUCCUCACGUUGCUACAGCACAGGUACCGCACGAGCCAAAACGUGGCCGACGCGGCCGAUUAUAUUUCGUCCCAGACGGACGGUGAAUCUUUCCGGACGGAUCGAAUACCCAUCUCUACCAUCGCUAUCAGCUCAGGUUCCGGGGAUUCGGGAGUAUUCGAGCUCAACUUUAACGGACCAACCUACAUGCCAUUCGAGGGAGCGGGCGCCGUGUCCAGCUGGCGCCUCGAAUUCCCUGCCGCGAUCCGUAAGUUCGAUUAUGAGAGCAUCAGCGACGUGCUAUUGCAUGUCCAGUACACAGCACACCAGGGCGGCGCCUUGCUCAAGGCUGCGGCGAGCGAAGCAGUCCGCCAGGCGGCCGAGACUGCCGAUCGUCGCGGUAAGCAGGACGGAUUUUGGGCGAUCUGGGAUCUCAAGAACGACUUUUCCAACGAGUGGUACGGCUUCAGAAGCCGACUGGGAGCGAAGCCUGGGGCUGCUGGCGAAAUCGCCGCCUCUAUGAACCUCGGCGAUCUCAAAGGCCGGCUCCCUUUCUGGUCCCGACAGCGUUCCUCGCUGCAGGUCCACUCCACGAUGCUCCUCUCCAAGUCUCAAGCAUUGAUUCAGGCGCUGGACAUUGACAAGAUCCCAACUCCACCGAAAGACUCGAAGGAGCGUAAGUGGGAUGACGGUAGCCUUGGUGACUAUUUCACUAGGUCGUCCUCAGCCAGAAUUGACGCGCUCGACUGGGCGGUUCAGGCUGCUAAUGUUAUCGAGACCAAGUCAAUCGAUAAUGUUUAUUUACUGGUGCAGUAUUCGUUUCUCGAUAAUUAG